AUGAUAAAAAAGCCUUCCUCCAGUGUUGCUGGUAGGUCUACAGGUUUUGGAUAUGUGAUCUCCGUGCUGACGCUGGUUGUGCUUCUGGUUCUUGCCGCUUAUCAUCAUCUGCUACCACUGCCCUUGGGCUCGGAGUUGGUGCGGACUGGUGGCAGCGGUGGUGAUGAUGGGUCAAGCCAUAACAUAACCAUAGUGGAUUUUUUCAAACCGUUUGAUCCUGCACAUCCCACAUCCGUACCUUUAAAGGACUAUUAUAGAAGAAUCAAUCUAAGGCCUUUGUCGCCCUAUGGUGUUGCUAGCGUGAAUUUCACCGAAUGGAUUGAUGAGCAGUUUGAGAUAUCGUUUGAAUAUCUUUUAAACAACGUUGCAGAUUCGAAUUUCCACAAUGGCGGUUUGCUAUCUCAAGGUGUUGCAGAAGGUGUCAUUAUAGCGUCACCUUCCAAGAAAUCACCCGACUAUUUCUAUCAGUGGGUCCGUGACUCGGCCAUCACUAUUCGUUCUGUGAUAUCCAACAUGUUCAUUCUGAAUAGUACUCAGGUUUAUGAUGAUGUCUACAUUUUGAAUGCCACGUUGGCGGCGACUGUUUUGAAAUACGUUAAUAAUUCCUAUGUCCUGCAAAGAUUAGACAAUCUAUCAGGAGAUGGUGUUAAAUUAGACCAAGCAGGACAAUUGAAGGGGCUGGGAGAACCCAAAUGGCUUGUUGAUAAUCACCCGUUUAUGGAAUCUUGGGGUAGACCGCAAAAUGACGGACCACCACUUAGAUCUGUGGCGGUACUUCAUUUUUUGGAUGAGUUGAGACAACAAGGCCUAAAGUUCAGCGAUAUCAUCGAUCAAUGCAACCGGAGUAAAUUGUUGAAGGGCCGUUUGCCCUUUAAGGAUGAGAGAGAGCUAUUUGAAAAGGUAAUAUACUGGGAUCUUCAGUUUGUGCUCAAAAAUUGGCAAGCCGAUUCGUUCGACCUGUGGGAGGAAGUUAAUGGUAAACAUUUCUUUACUUCAAUAGUGCAAUUUGCAGCGAUCAGGAUGGGAUUGCGUUUCUUACAGGAACAUCCGGACUAUACAUGGGACAGUUUUGAUAAAUCGGCCCUUUCCAAUGCUUUGCAAAAAUGCGUCGAACAGAUGCUCCAAUUCUUGACCCUGGGCGCCGGAUUCUUGAACCCAAACAAAAAUUUUAUCGUGGAGACACCGUCAAUCUUGAACUCAAGGUCUGGUUUAGAUAUUGCUGUGAUUAUUGGAUCUCUCUUGACCAGGAACUAUGAGGACAACAUGCCAUUCGGUGUUAAUGAUUCUGGUGUGUUAAACACAUUGUAUCACCUGGUCAAAUCGAUGGGGAUAAUUUACCCCAUAAAUCAUCCAAAGGCAAACCUGAAUAUUGGUGUGGCUCUCGGUAGAUAUCCUGAAGACGUUUAUGACGGAGUCGGUACUUCCGAGGGAAACCCAUGGUUUUUGGCAACAUGUUCAGCUUCCGAGUUACUCUACCAAUUGAUCUUGGAGAGUUACCACGCGCAAACCGAUCUGGUUAUCCCCUUGAACAAAUGGGAGUCGGAGUUUUGGACUUUAAUAUUUGAUGGAUUCGAUGAUUACAACAGACAAAGCUACCAAUUGGUAAUUCCCUGGGGCACACCGGCCUUUACCCAAACAAUGAUAUCCAUCUUUGAUCUUGGAGAGUCCUUCCUAGACGUGGUCCGCGAGCACGUAAGCGAGGGUGGACACAUGAGUGAGCAAUUCAACAAGUAUACAGGGUAUUUACAGGGAGCCGCCAAUCUGACGUGGUCCUAUGGUGCCUUGUGGAAAAGUUGCCACGCGCGUGCCCAAGCACAAACUCUCAUCGGUCUGCAAUCAGAAGGGGACCUCUAG